AGCCUCAGCUUGGGUUUAGCGAUAAGGGUUUUACUAACAAUUGGCUCAAAAAUUUCGAGCCAAUCCUUGGCACCAAACCCGCCCAAAUAUAUCCCCAAUCAUUUUGACUUGGAUCAGCCUAUUAUCCUCUUGUCAGGAUCAGUGGUAAGCUCAGCUGAUCCACUCCUCUUCUUCUGUUCCACUGCAUCUGUUCAUCUUUUUGCGGUCUGUUUGCCACCAAUUUGGUACUACAAUCGGAUUGCCGCCAGUUCGGGGAUGGAGGUCAUCCACGGGUCGGUUCUGCCGCGCUGCGCUGCACCUGCUCUCGGCAGCCAGCUGCUGAGGCGCGUGCGUAUGAGAAGGAUGGCUUGCGGUGGAUUCCAGGGUGACUACUACGGCGUGGCCCCUAGGUUCUUCGGUGUCCCGGCCCAGCGGCACAGCAGAAGCGGAUGGCCUGUUUGCUGCAGCUACGGCUCGUCUUCUGACGGCGACGCCGCGGCCGCGGAUUUCGACGCCAGCGGCGAGGAGUUCGUCGACUCCAGCGUCAUGGAGGCUGUUGAGCUCAGAAGUGUGUCAGAUGGUUUUCUGAUAAAAAUGCGAGACGGAAGAAACCUUAGAUGUGUCCAGAAUAAUCCCCGCGUCCUAAGACUGCGGGAUUCUGCGCCUCACCAUGCUAUUGUGCUCAAGAUGGAAGAUGGAAGCGACCUUCUGCUACCCAUUAUUGUCAUGGAGACACCAAGUAUUAUGCUACUGGCCGCCCUUCGAAACAUUCGAAUUCCAAGGCCAACAAUUUAUAACGUGGUUAAGGAGAUGACCGAAAUGAUGGGAUAUACGGUACGCUUGGUGCGGAUUACAGAAAUGGUGCAUGAUGCUUACUAUUCUCGACUGUAUCUUGCAAAGAACGGGAAUGAAGAAGAGACUAUUAGUUUUGACCUCAAGCCAUCAGAUGCCAUCAACAUUGCUUUCCGGUGCAAGGUUCCUAUACAAGUCAAUAAGCGUAUUGCAUAUAACAACGGAUUGAAAGUUGUACAACCAAAGCCAUCUGGGAGUUAUGUAAACUCAGGCCAAAUCCAGAUUAUGAGACUUGAUAAGCCUGACGACCAGCCCUGCUUUGAAGCCCAGGAGUUUGAUUUGGUCCGCAGUAUGCUCAUUGCUGCUGUUGAGGAACGUUAUAAAGAUGCUGCUCAAUACAGAGAUCAACUUUUCAUGUUCCGGGCCAAGAAGAAGAACAAGAUAUAACAGAGCCUGAUGGCGGUGUAAAUAGUGACCUUUGCAGGGAUACAGAAGCUUAUGGCAAACAUAAAGAAGCACGAUGUAAAUACGUACAUAACUAAAGGAUAUAUACUUAACUAGAACAUGAUUCUGUUGCGUUCAGAUCAUAGUGGCAAGGGUUGUAAAUUGUGUUCUUUAGAAGAUUAUGGUUGUACAAUGACUCAGAAAGUGCAGACAAUUGCACAAUUGAUUUCAGUAAAACAUGGAUCAAAUUGCUUAGAAUAUUUCAAAGAAUAGUUUUUAAGGCAUCAACUGAAUGCACAUCUA